UUUUCACUGAGCUCGUACGUUGCGUUAAGGUGCAGAGCAGAGACGCGUUCUUGGGGGGAUUUUAAGUAAAGUCAGACAUAUAGGAUUAUUURUUGACAUAACUAUAGAAGUCACAUCCAGCUAAGACGACAGCUGUUUUAUCSCCACUGCACUGCUGUGUGUUAAAUCAACAAUAAAAUGGAUCCAACUCAGUCCGCCCAGAUAUCUUCGUCGCAAGGUUUUGCCGAUGGACAAAACUCAGCUGCCAAACAAGAAUCGAAGCUAUCCGUGAAGGAUCUGAUCCACUGGCGAGACCCCAAGAAGUCGGGUGUGGUGUUCGGCCUGUCCAUGCUGCUGCUGCUGUCGCUGGCAGCCUUCAGCGUCAUCAGCGUGGUCUCCUACCUGCUGCUGGCUCUGCUCUGCGUCACCAUCACCUUCCGCAUCUACAAGUCUGUUGUCCAGGCCGUGCAGAAGUCCAACGAGGGACACCCGUUCAAAGCSCUGAUAGAGAAGGACGUCAGCGUCCCUCCUGAAACUUUCCGUAAGCACGUGGACACCAGUCUGACCUACAUCAACCGAGCCCUGAAGCAGAUGAGCCGCCUCUUCCUGGUUGAGGACCUUGUGGACUCCCUGAAGUUGGCUGUGGUCAUGUGGCUGUUGACUUACGUUGGAGCAGUUUUUAAUGGAAUCACCAUUCUCAUCCUGGCUGAURUCCUGCUGUUUGCAGUGCCUCCCAUCUAUGAGAAAAAUAAGACCCAGAUUGAUCAUUACAUCGAUCUUGCACGUACUCAAGUCAACACCACACUGGCAAAGUUGCAAGAGAAGCUUCCUGGAGCUGUGAAGCGCACCAAAACUGAAUGAUCCCUCAUCAGAAGCCUCCAUGUCACCAUUAUCAUCAUCAUCAUCAUCAUCAUCAUCAUUGUCAUCAUCAUGUCCCCCCACCCCUCCCUCCCCACCCACCCAGUCCUAACCCCUCCUCCCUGCUCCAUCAGCACACCUCACACUAACCAUGCUAGACCCACCCCUCUCCUGCUCUACUGUGCAGCUUAACGCAAGAGAAGAGCAGCCCACCUGCAGCUCGGGGCCCACACCACCACAGCAGCUGCAGCCCACCCUGGCAGGCUGUGGACCCGCUACAGUAGAUGGAGACAGACUGGGGUGAAUUAGACUGAAUGACCUGGUUUCAUCAUGUCCACUGAACACAGCCAGGUGAUGGCUGGCUGCAGAGUCCACCUUUGUUCAGGAUGAAAAUGUUUGAAAAAUAAAGUCCCUCCAAACCCACCUGCUGUGCUCUGUACCUGCAGCUGUCUGGACUCUGCUCACAGACACUGUGUUCAUGUUUCUGUAAUGCACUGACCCCACCCCGACCCCCCCACCCAGCAGGUUAACAGACAGGAAGGCUGAGCCAGCUGUGAUAGUUUGGUUUAGUUCACCUCCUGGUGUUUCAUGUAAAUACACCUCAGCCUCGCUUUUUAUAUUCAACAAGCCCCGCCCCUCAUUCACACCGCCUGACUACUGUUGCACCUGCUGAGCUCAUGCUCACCUGUACAUUUGGAUUCUAAUGAUGCUUCUUACUGUUGUUGAAAUAAAGGCUAGGCUGGCUGCUUGAGAACA